UUAUAGCCUUCUAAACGUCACACAAACUCAACAAGACUUCCAAGACUUACCUUCAGCUGGGUGCGCUAAUCAGCCCCGCUCGGUUUCCCGCCGUGAUAUGCUACCACUAAAUUACUGCUGCGCCCCCUUCCCCUCAGGCGCCAGGACAGGAGAGACUUGUGCAACUGACAGUUUCUCCUACGUCAGAAAUAUACCUGACGCGUCUGGACGCGUUAAUUACUCAACUUGUCGAAAUGCUCUUGUCUCGUCCUACCUUCAGCACCAAAGUUAUUGAGGUUUCAAUCUCAACAACGCACGACGAGAAGAUAAAAUGUCUGUGAACAACACCUCGGUCGCCAGCAAGAGACAGAGGGAGGAGUCCCGACAGCCAGGGGCAGCAAAACGAAGCCGCCUUGGGAGUCCCGUGAAUAACGGCAAGACAUGUCUCGUGGACGACAGCCAUUUCUCUCUGAAGAGAAUCAGAAUGAGUUCCGGCAUGCCCAUCAUGAAAAUGCUGAAGAAGAUCCAAACGACACGUGACGAGCGAGGCGAGGCGUCAGAUUUCGUCCGUCGCUUGGAGUGUCUCCGCCUUGUCCAUGCCGGCGACAACGUCGAGUUUAGAAGAAAGCGGAUCAACGGCUUCACUGACAACUGCGCCAUUGUCUCCUGGUCAUGGGAAGGCUCGCCGGAGCACGAGGACGAGACAGCUGGCAGCUACAUGGUAGAGGACGCCCAGACCCGAGACCUGAUGAGGACCUCGGACGUUCGGGACACGGUUUGGAGGCGGGCCGCGGCCUACAUGAGAUAUAGGCGAAUCAGCCAUUUGUGGAUAGAUUCGGAAUGCAUCACGCAGGAUCCCAUUCAGGAGCGGCAAAAGGCCAUGAGCGAGAUGGAUCGGCUUUAUAACCAGGGGAGCCAUCCAUUUGGCAUGCUUGCCAGGCCCGUCACGGAGGAAAGAGAAGUGCACCUCUUGGCUCAGAUAUUGCAGGGAAAACUGGUUCGCAAAUACGAGUAUGGUGACGGCAGGAUUUCAAUAAGGAAAGGGAUGACUGAGAAGGUAUACGAGGCUAUUGAGCUUUUGGAUAGAAUCACCUCCGACAGAUGGUGGACUCGAGCUUGGAUAUAUCAGGAGAACUACCACGGAGGAAAGCGGAUGUUCCUCCUCAUGCCUCACACGCCGAAUACAGAACGCCCGAAGGCCAAGUACGCUACCCUGUUUGGGAACAUGAAAGGGGAAAUGGUCAUCAAGUCAAUUGACUUCUCCGAAGCGUCGACAGACCUAUGCUCGGCACUCCGGAAUUCAAGCCAGGCCGAAGACCACGCGGAAGCUGUGAAUCGAAUCCUAUCAAGAGCCGCGAGAUACUCGAGACUGCUGGAAGGAGAAGACUCGAUGACGCCAUCCAUCGUCGAGGACGUUCUGCAACGGGAGGUGAGCGUGCACCCGGACCGGAUCGACAUCAUCGGCAACUGCUGCUCGUACAACGUACGCCUCAAGAGGGGAGAACUCGAGCAAAACAAGUGCAGUGUGAGCCUGGCGGUAUUGGUCUUGCUCCUGCUGAACGGCGAGAUCUUUUACUACGACCCCGACGAGGAUACGGCAUCAUCUUCCCGCCUGACGGUUUCCGAGUUCAUUCACGAGUACGCCUUCAACCGUUUCAGCCCACCGACGCUAAAGUACGGCUUGACGUUCAACAAAGGCUGCCGCUUCAGUAAAGUGUACCGUAUCGACGAUGACGGAGUACACACACAGGGUCACCUCUGGAGGCUUUGCAGCAGGGGUUUCACAAUCUCGGGGCGAAUCUCAAAGGGUCGCGGCUGGGUUAGGAAGACACUUCGAGAUAUUCAAAAGUACAUCCGGGAAUAUGAGUGGGUCGAGGCUAAAGACUACAUUGAUGAACUAUCCGCCGGGGACCAGCUCGCUCUGAGACUGGAAGAGUUCCUCAAGACUUCAUCACAGGCCGAUGACGCUGAGACCAAGUACAUGUGGAAAAUGGCCGAGAUCCUCGCGGAUGCAUUGCGCCAGGGAGAGACGCUCAGGCUGGGAUAUCUCGAAGAUUCAAGACGGAACCCCAGGUUCUCUCCGCCCACGGCCAUAUUCGUAUGCGCGGAUGAGAUAAUGGAGGCCAACAAGGACAGGAUGUUUGUCUUUACGUCUUUCGAGGAAGCCGUGACGGGGAACAUCAGCGAUGUUGACAGGCAUGUGUCGCUGCAGGUGGGCGUCAAUCACACCGAGAACCUGUCUCGGUUGUAUGCCCGAAGGUGGACGCAUGGGUUGUGGUUCUCGACAGAGGCACCCCGCGAGGUUGUGUUCCCAUUGCCACGGGUUCUGAGCCAGUUGUGAAGUCUGAGAACGGGGGGUUUGAGGGGCGGCCACGGUGUGCUUUGAGUUCAGUGGUCUCUCUUUCAAACUGCCGGUCCUCAGAUAGACUGAGGCCCCUUCGUGGCUCACUCGUCGUCACAUCAACAUGGAAUCACCUCUGUAUUCUAUGAAGGACAACCACAAUUAGUGUAUCUUAAUCUCAACUGGCCAGGUAACACUAGUGGCCUGGUCGAAUGCGUGCCCCCCUUCAACUGCUGCAGAGAGAGCUCGUGUCUGAUAGCUAAUUUGCAUGGGCCAUCGGCUGUGUGCUAUAAGAUACCGGAUGGGCGGAUACCCACUGGCUGUGCAGAAUAGUAUGAUAGCAGGCACACAUCGUAUGCCGGGAUGUUUGAGCAGGCCAGCUUACCGUCCCAUAAGGAUGGGGAAAGGGCAAGACACUAAGAUACUGCUUAUCAAUAUAUUUUGUGAGUUCUGGGCGGCGGAGAAAGCAUUGGAGGGGGGUUGGAAAUUCGUGCAAAAAC